AUGGCGCAUGACGAGACGGCCGAGUUUCCCACCGUGACGCUCUUCCGCUACCCGGCGUGCUUCGCCAUUCCGACGGCGGAUCCACACGCGCUUGCGGUGGAGUGCAUGCUGCGCUUUGUGGGCGCGCACUUUGUGAAGCGUGACGCCCCCUUGCCAGUUGCCCUUGAAAUUCCCACCAGCAGUGGCAGUCCGGUGGUGCGAAAAAAGGGUCUUGUAUCGUGUUUGCAGCUCAUUGAAGACGUGCUGCAUGUGGAUGAGGAGGUUCUGUCAGUCGAACAGCGACAACUUUUACUUUGCGUACGCGUGUUAGUGGAGAAGUCGCUGCUCCCGGCAUUUGUUUACAUCACCCAUAGCGACCAGAAUCUUUUUACUCACUCGAUUCGAAAAGGCGUUGAACCAAAGGUGGCCACGCUCUUGCAGCGGCUGCGCGGGAACUACCGCAGCAGCGUUGUAGACGGCAGUGGGUGUUGUGGGCGCUACGCCAGUAUGGAGGAGGCUCUUGCGGAGGUGGAAAAGGGACUGCGUGCACUACAGGCCUUCCACGUCAGUCACUCAAAGUCCUCUGGCACCUUUUUUCUGGGAACGGAGCGGCCGUGUAGUGCCGAUGCCUUGGCGUACGCGGCGGCUUCAUCGUUUCUCCAUGCCGACUUUGCCGGCCAUCACGCCCCCGCCACCCUUGUGGAGCUGCAGAGGCGUCUGAAGGAGGACUGCCCGGCGCUGGUAACGUUCAUUGAAAAGGUGCGGCAAACCUACUUUGAGGACUACAGUGCGUACUACACACUGCGGGCAACUAACGAGCGCGGCGCCGGAGACGCGGCUGCUCGACCACCGUCCGGAGACGAGUUGUUCAAGAAGGGGCGAUGGAUGUGUGUGGCGUGGACGAUAGGCUUUUCGCUGCUCUACUUUACCCUCUCAAACGCCAACUUGAUUCUGGAGGCGCUAUCGGAGUUGGAGCCCGAGGCGGAGGCGGAAGCGGAGGCGGAGGCGGCGGAACAGAAAAGCGACGAGGCAUAG